CGCGCGCCGAAUCGCGCGCGAAACGACGCGCGAAAAGGUUCGACAUGCGCGUCGUCGCCGUCGCGUGCUGCGCGCUGAACCAGUGGGCGCUGGACUUUGAUGGAAAUUACGCGCGGAUUCGAGAGAGCAUCCUGCGCGCGAAAAGACUCGGCGCGCGCUAUCGCGUCGGGCCCGAGCUCGAGACGUGCGGGUACGGGUGCGAGGAUCACUUUCACGAGCGCGACACGGAGACGCACGCGUGGGAGGUGAUCGCGAAGCUGUGCGAGGAGAAGGAAUUGAUGCGCGGGGCGGUGGUGGACGUCGGCGCGCCGGCGACGACGCGCGGGGCGAGGUAUAAUUGUCGAGUCAUCAUCGUCGACGGCGCGAUCGCGUUCGUGCGACCGAAGAGAGCGCUGGCGGAUGAUGGGAAUUAUCGCGAGUCGCGGUGGUUCACGGCGUGGACGCGCGCGAACGAAGUGGAGGAGUUUACGCUGCCGGAGAGUUGCGCGAGGUUCGGAAUGGACGGGAAAACGAGCGUGGCGUUCGGGGACGGAGCGGUGGUGUUCGACGACGCGGGAUUAGGAUGCGAGACGUGUGAGGAGUUGUGGACGCCCGACGCGCCGCACAUCGCGUUGGCGUUGAAUGGGAUUGAAAUCGUGAGCAACGGGAGCGGGUCGCACCACCAAUUGAGAAAGUUGGACGCCAGGAUGAAUUUGAUCAAGAGCGCGAGUGGGAAGGCGGGUGGGGUGUAUUUGUACUCCAAUCAGCGCGGGUGUGACGGUGGGCGAUUGUACUACGAUGGAUGCGCGUGCAUCGCGGUGAAUGGGGAAAUCGUGGCGCAAGGGAAACAAUUCGACGUGAGCGACGUCGAAGUCGUCGCCGCGACGGUGGAUCUCGAUGAAGUUCAAUCGCAUCGAGGAGCGUUUCAAUCGAUGAGUGUACAAGCGGCGAGUGUGAAGCGCAUACCUACCGUGCGUGUAUCGGGCAAGCUGUGCGUUUCUGAGAAUCUCAAGGUGACGCCGAAGCGGGCAAUUUCGUUUCAUGCGCCCGAGGAGGAAAUCGCGCUCGGGCCAGCGUGCUGGUUGUGGGAUUAUCUCAGGCGCUCGGGCGCGAGCGGAUACUUUUUGCCGCUUUCCGGAGGCGCCGACUCGGCCAGCACGGCCGCCAUCGUCGGAAGCAUGUGUCAACUAGUCACCAGGGCGGCGAGCGCGGGGGACGCGAUUGUCGCCGACGAUAUUCGUCGCGUCGCCCAACUUGCGAGCGACGUCCCGAUCCCGAGCGCCGAAGAGUUGGCGAAGAUGAUAUUUACGACUGUUUACCUUGGCACGGACAACAGCAGCGCGGAGACGCGCGCGCGCGCGGCGGCGCUCGCGAAUGAUAUCGGCGCCUCGCAUUUGAGCGUCGCCAUCGACGUCGUGGUGACAGCCGUCGUAACAUUCUUCACCACGGUGACUGGGAAAACGCCGAAAUUUAAGGUGGACGGCGGGUCAAACGCGGAAAACUUGGCGCUUCAAAACAUCCAAGCUCGCGUGCGCAUGGUUUUGUCCUUCCUUUUCGCGCAACUUUUGCCUUGGGUUCGAGGUAAAUCUGGCUUUUUGCUCGUGUUGGGGAGCGCGAACGUGGACGAGGGAUUGAGAGGAUACAUGACCAAGUACGAUUGCUCGAGUGCCGACGUAAAUCCGAUUGGCGGCAUCAGCAAAGCCGAUUUGCGAUCGUUCUUGCGCUGGGGGGCGAUGAAUUUGGGAUAUCCCACGCUCGCAGAAGUCGAAAAGGCGCCGCCUACCGCGGAACUCGAACCUAUUCGCGAUGACUACGUACAAACCGACGAAGAGGACAUGGGUAUGAGUUACGACGAUCUCGGUGUUUACGGAAGGUUGCGUAAAAUCGCCCGUCUUGGACCAGUGGCGAUGUUCAAGCGUCUGUACACCGUGGAGUGGGCGGAUCGCGGGCUCUCUGCGAGCGAAAUCGCCGAAAAGGUGAAGAAAUUUUUCUUCUUUUAUUCGUGCAACAGGCACAAGAUGACAACGCUCACGCCGUCGUAUCACGCUGAAAAUUACUCGCCGGACGACAAUAGAUUCGAUCAGCGACAGUUCCUGUACAACGUGCGAUGGCCGUGGCAGUUCCGUAAGAUUGACGAAAUCGUCGAGCGAGAAAAGUCGUCGUGAA